AAAAGGUGAGUCACUCGGCCGCGUCGCGUGUGUGUAUACCUGCGCAGGUUGCCCGGUGAGCGACAGCGGCAGCGGCGGCGGAACACCCGCCGCCCGGUGGGGGAGUACCGAGCGUAGCGGCCGUGGUGUGUAUGCACACGCGAAAACAUUCCUCUACAACUGCUACGCCGCUGUCGCCGCCGUUCGUAUCGCACGACGAUAUAGUAUUAAUAAUAAUAUUAUGGUUCGGCGGGCCUUUGGCGGGUUCCAUCGGACGACAGGUUACCUCCGCGGCACCGCUGUACUGCAGCCUCCGUCAUUGACUAGAACAGCCGUAGGACGUUAGCAGUAGUCGUUGCCAUGGCGGGCUUGUCGCUAAGGAAGCCGUGCGGCGAGAAGGAGUGCCCCGAGUACCACAUGUGCCAGGCCCACGAUCUCCAGUGCUACCCGUGCCAUUCGUACUGCAACGAGACUUCGCACAAUUUCGACAUCAAAAUAUGCGAACAACAGUGUCAAGAUUACAUACACGACUACGUGAAGCAUUACGUCAAGGAUAGUAACAUCCAAGACGUGCUACAAGAGUUGGAGACCCUGAAAACGUUGAUAAUAUGGUUGACGUUGUUGGUGGUCGUCGCGAUCGUCUUGAUGUCCGUCAUGUUGGCGUUCGUAUGGAAACGCGAGAGGAAGAUGCCGAAGCUCAAAAGCGGAGGGAAGGAUUCGUAUUUCAAAAAAAAAUUGGCUUUCUUAAAGUUCAGGAACAACACGGUUAACACGGUGAGCGAGACGGUGGACAACAAACCGUGGACGGUGGCGGCGGCGGCGACGACUAUGAUGGCCGCGCACACGACGACGGACGCCCCGAAGACGUCGUCCGCAAGCUCGUCGUCCGGCCACCGGACCAGCCGCACGACCGUCUCGUCGUCGUCCACGUCGUCGACCGACAAGCUGCCCUGCGAGGACGCCACGCUCGUGACACAGGAGUUCACCGGCUACGACAACCUGGGGCUGUGCAAAGUGUCGCCCGUGCUGAGCAAACCGACGGCCACGGCCACGAUGAAGAUGUACGGCGCGACCGACGUGGACCUGCUCCACCGGUAUUCCCCCUAGCCCCGGCCCACAGUUCCGGCCUACCGCAAGUCACCGUCGUCGCCGAUACGACGUGUCGGAUUGGGAAAUGGUCGACGGAACGACGGCCUUAAGAUGAGGAAGUGAGGCGGCCGCGCGCGGUCGAAGAAACAAAAUGCCGCAGGGUACAACCCUACAUAAUAUGCUACCAAUAUUAUAAUAUACCAGCCAAGGUCUGUAGACAAUACUAUCAUCUAUUAUAAUAUACCAUAAUAUUAUGGAUAAUAUAUUAUAAUUUAAAUAUUAUUAUCUACCGUCCUUGACUUCCGGCCAAAUUUUGUCAUUGCUGGUUGUCCUACACCGUGUCCCACGCAAACGCGACGAGUGCCAACGAUUUCAGUUCCGACCGUUCGAAGUGCGAUGAAAUGCAAGCCGUCACGUUCACAUUCGUCGUGUUUACGUGUCGGACACGGCGUCAUUCCGCCACGCGUACGAUAUUUCGGCGGUGUACGGUUCCGCGGAAACUCAUCUAAGAAACGUGACCUAUAUACAUCGCAGGACUUGAUAAUAUUUAGAGACUUCAUUGGAUUUCGCUCACAUAAAUGCAUUUUUUUUAGAGAGAGAGUGACAGAGAUGUACCGUUUAGACAAUUUGUUUAGUGGUGUGAGAUAUUUCGAAAGUCGAUAAGGGUAGACAUUUUGAAAAUCUCGUUUUGUAUACAAUAUUUUUAUAUCGAUACAAAGUUUUAGCAUAAUCAGCUCACACACGCACAUAAUAAUUUGACAUGCACAACGAAUAAGGCAGUAACUCAAUUUUCCAACUUUUUUCUCCUAUAUGGUAUCACUGUUUUUCUGGAUUUCCAACCAAAACGGUAGUAACUGCAUCUUAUUGCAUACGUUCUACACAAUAAAAUAGAAUUGCUACCGUCUUCGUUGGACUUCCAGAAAAACGGUGACACUAUAAGGGAAAAAAAAAAGUUGGAAAAUUGAGUUACUGCCUUAUUCGUUGCGCACGUCGAAUAUAAUUAUUUAUAUUAUAUAACGCGUUAAUUGUAGUUUUUUCGUUUAUUUGUGUUUAUUAUUAUUCGUUCAACUGUUAUGAUAUUAUUAUGUUUUUUUAAACGAACUGCGCACAGUAUUUUAUCGACGACGCGCGUAUCGCGGUCCAAGUACUUAUAUAAAUGUUCUCGUUGCUGUUAUUGUUUUUUUUUUUUUUAAACUUUCUUUCUUUAAUAAUAAUGUAUAGGAAUAAGUAGUCAUAAGUAUUAUAUUUUGUAACCAAACACCAUGUUAUGACUCUGUUGUAGAUACUUAGGAGUUAGGUAAAUGAUAUAAUAAUAAUGUAAAACGCGCGUGGUAUACGCGUUAGCGAUUAGUGUAUAUUAAGUUAAGUUUAGCGAGCUAUGAGGAGGAUGAAAUAAACCUUUGAUCAGUGAACCCCGUCCAAUAAACUUUAACAGUUUUUAGAUAACUUUACGCCGCGCUCGUCCAUGUCUA